AUGCCGCCAGGACCCAGGGGGAUCAGGAGAACCUGGCUGCAGGUUUCCUACAUGACUCCAAAGCGUGAGGGGUUCCUGCAGCCUGAAUUCCGCACCUUCGCCGUCGAUCCCCAGAUCACCUCGCUGGACGUGCUGCAGCACCCCCUCAUCCGCGCCUUCGACCUCAAUGGGAAGAAGAACUUUGGGAUCAGCUACCUGGGCCAAGAGAAGCAGGGCCAGGAAACGUACCUGUCGCUGCUGUCGGACUGGGACCUGGCCACAGCCUUCGCCAGCGCCUCCAAGCCCUACCUGCAGCUCCUCGUAGACAUCAAGCCUUCAGAAGACAGCCCGCUGCUGGAGGACUGGGACAUCAUCAGCCCCAAAGACGUGAUCAGCACCGACCUGCUCCUGGUGGAGAAGCGGUCCCUGGCGGCGGCCGCGCUGCCUUUCACCCAGUCCAUCAUCUCCCAGGUGGGCCGGACGCUGUCGAAGGUCCAGCAGGCCCUGAGCUGGUCCUACGGGGAGGACGCGAAGCCCUUCAAGCCGCCGCUGAGUGACACCGAGUUCCACACCUACCUGAACCACGAGGGGCAGCUGACCCGGCCGGAGGAGCUGCGGCUGCGCAUCUACCAUGGCGGGGUGGAGCCCUCGCUGCGCAAAGUGGUGUGGCGCUACCUGCUGAAUGUCUACCCGGAUGGGCUGACGGGCCAGGAGCGCAUGAACUACAUGAAGCGCAAGACGAGGGAGUACGACCAGCUGAAGGGCCAGUGGGCAGAGCGGGCCAGCCCGGAAGACCUGGACUUCAUCCGCAGCAACGUCCUCAAGGACGUUCUGCGCACGGACCGGACCCACCCCUACUACGCCGGCUCGGAGGACAACCCGCACCUGCUCGCCCUCCACGACCUGCUGACCACCUACGCCGUGACUCACCCGCAGAUCUCCUACUGCCAGGGCAUGAGCGACAUCGCCUCGCCCAUCCUGGCCGUCAUGGACAACGAGGCCCACGCCUUCAUCUGCUUCUGCGGCAUCAUGAAGCGCCUGGAGGGCAACUUCCAGGUGGAUGGCGAGGUGAUGUCCCUCAAGUUCUCCCACCUCCGGCUCCUCCUGCAGCGCUCCGACCCUGAGUUCUUCGCCUACCUCCUCUCCCGGGGCGCCGACGACUUCUUCUUCUGCUACCGCUGGCUGCUGCUGGAGCUGAAGCGGGAGUUUGCUUUUGAGGACGCCUUGCGGAUGCUGGAGGUGACCUGGAGCUCCCUGCCGCCGGACCCUCCGGAGAAGGAAGUAGAGCUGGUGGGGCCGCCGGUCAGGCCCGGGGAGGGCGGCCAGCCGGUCCGCCAGCGCCACAUGCUGCGGCCCACCUGUAGCUUCGAGGCAGCUGGGGACCGGCCCUGCCUGGAGGAGCCCGGGGCCCAUCCCGUCUCGGAGGAGCCUGGAGCCCGGCCAGGCCUGGAGCAGAAGACCUUGCUGAAGCAAUCCAGCUUUGGAGAAUUCAAGUACUACAGCGCGCGGGAAGACAGCUCCGAGGACGAGCUCUCGCUGAAAUCCCAGCGCUCCAUGGAGGAAGAGGACAACUUCGGCAGCGAGCAGGACCUGCUGCUCCAGUUCCCGGCCAUGACCAAGUCUUUCUCCAGCCCGCGCCCGGCUCCCGCCGCCGUGAGCUUGCCUCCGCCGCAGGAGUUCGGCAAAGGCAACCCCUUCAUGCUUUUCCUGUGCCUGGCCCUCCUGCUGGAGCACCGGGACCACAUCAUGAAGAACAACAUGGACUACAACGAGCUGGCCAUGCACUUCGACCGCCUGGUGCGCCGGCACAAUCUGGCCAAGAUCCUGCACCGGGCCAAAGCCCUCUUUGCUGACUACCUGCAGUCCGAGGUCUGGGACUCGGAGGAGGGGGACGAGGCGGCUGCAGAGUCCCCGGCCGUCUCGUGACGCCUCCCGCCGCCGCCCGCUCCCGUGUUUUCCUUGGGACCCUGGCGG